AUGAAAACUGAGGCGAUAGAGGCUGAGCUCUCUACUCCGAAGUCUUCUCCAGGACCGGCAUCCACCACAGACGGGACGCCCUCCCUCCCAGCAAAAGUCGAAACGCAGAACAACGCGUCGUCUUCAACGCAUAUACCCACCUCCACCUCUUCUUCUGCGUCCCGAGAGCCUUCCAGCUCCUUACUUCAACUCCCCGCACCAUCCGCAUCUAAGGCCAAGUCAAAGUCCACGCCGAAAUCCACACCCAAGUCAAAAGACAAGGUGAAGGCCAAACCAGCCCCUACCGUCACGCAACCUCCCAAGCCUCCGAAAUCCAAAGCCAAGCCCAAACCGAAAGUCGUUCCUUCUCUUCCUCCUCCAUCUACCACCACCGCCGUAGCUACCGCGCCAAUUCUCACCACCUUCGCCAUCGCUCCUGCCGCCCCCGGCCUACCCCAGACAACCUCCCUCAUCGACCGCCUCACGCCAGCCCACAGAUCCCAGCUCUCCCUCGUCUGGAUUCGUGAGCCCCGAGUACCCUCUAUCGAGUCACGUCGGGCCUGGGCGUUGGCCAAGAAUGUGAACCCGAAGGCGGUCAAUGACUGGUUUUGGAGGAGGAAGGCUGGUGCGAAGAGGAGGGGGUCGUUAGGUGUGGGAGUCGGUGGCGUUGAGGUGGUAGACGAGGAGGCGCCGGAGAAUACACAGGAGAGGGCUACGGAUAAAGAAUCAGGGGAUGGGAAGGAGGGUGUGGUUAAAGUCGAGGAUACGGAGGGAAUGAAAGAAGCGACGGAGACGAAGUCCAAUGGAACAGGGAAGGGGAAAGAAAAGGCAAAGAAGAGACCUGGAGAAGGCUAUGAGUUGGGUGUUGACGAGCCGGUUGGUUGGGUCGACCCGACGACUGUUGUGAAGGAGGAGCCGAAGGUCGUCGAGGAGGAGCCCACAGAUCCGGAACCUCCUGUUGCGAUGGAUGAGGGUGAGGGUAGGGACGCCAAACGAAACGGAAAGAUGAAGACGAAAGGGAAGGGAAAGGGAAAAAGAGUGAGGAUUCAGGAUCCGGAGAAGGACGUUACUGUUAAGUCUGUGAAGAAGAUGGAGACGGAACCCGGGCCUCCUCCUAGGAAACGACCGAAGCUCGACGUCGACUAUACUCCUGCUCUUUCUGCCUCACGCUAUCAUACUCGCUCUGCUGCUACCGCUCUCGCUGCUUUCCUUCCGCCAUCACCUCCGUCUCCUUCUCUCAGUGUUCUUGCUCCUGCUUCACCCCCUCGUCCGUCUUCUCCUGUUACUGAUCUUGAUACACAAAACGAUAGUGACCACGACGAAGAGACUGGCUCAUUUCCCUUGGCACUUCCUCCCUCUUUUGCGCUUCUUCCUAAAGCUCGUACCCGGAGCCGCAUCUUCAGAGCUCAGCUGUCUUCUCCUCGGCCUCCUUCUCCUCGUUCUCGUAUUUCUGCGACGCAUAUAUCCACCCUCCCGACUCCAAGCACGCAUACAUCGACCUCCUUGCCCAGACCUCCGACGCAUAUACCCACCCAUCCACCUCACAGCACGCAUAUAUCGACCCUUACUGGGCCCGGUAUGGCUGGACAUACGCAUAUAUCCACAUAUCCUGACUCGGAGGCAGAACUAUCCGCCGCUCAUACCCUUCGCGAUCUCAGAUUCUCUCGUCAUCAACAUGUUGCCCGACCUCGGUCCACACUCAAGUUCUCUCCUGGUCGGAUUGGGGAGUAUGAAAGCGAGGACGAUGAUUACGCAUAUAUCCACCCCGAUCCACCCUCGGACGUAACUGAACCGGAUAAUAACUCUUUCGGCUUCAGUCUCGGUCACAUCCACGACUUCGACGGAGGUGUCGAUUCCUUGUGUUCAUCCCGAUUUGGACAGAGCUUUGUGGAACGCCCUGAUCGGAGCAGUGCGAUCGAUAUCUUCGGUCGCGACGGCAACGGUAUAUAUUUCAACGACGACAGAGACAAAGACACGGAUGCCGUAACGAUCGAUAGUGCCAGCUCGUACCAUGUCAGCAAUGCGCGUCCAACAAACGACCUUCGUCCUAUUUCAUAUUCUCCCUCCUCGGACACGUCUUUCAGCACUGGAUCGCCUUCGUAUAUAAAUACUGCUCCGGACUCUGCGUUCACUCCAAUUUAUCUCCCUCAUCGCGAUCACCUCGAUACUCUUCUUUCUCCGGUCGGCAAUCGCGUUCUUGCUCUUGAUCGUUCUCGUUCUUGCGCUCCUGCCCCAUCUCCCGCUUUUGCUUCGUCUUCAGCACCACCGAUACCGGUCCCCUACGUUGCACCAUCAUACCACUCGAUGUUCAACAACCACGAGCAAGACAACGAUUCGUACUCAUUCACGAUGGACACGUCUUCCAGUCUCAAUGCCCGCGAUCCUCACGGUUUCUUCGCUAUCGCCAACAGGACACCAUUCCCCGGAGCCUUGGUCUCAGCUUCCGAGACUGCGUCGAUUCCCGGCUCGAGCUCUAUGGAUUGGACGUCCUCAGCUUCCGGGAACGCACCGCUUACGGACGUGUCUAUGAGCAUGGCUGGUUCUGGGAUAACCUCCAGCGAUGGGGCGGUCGGUCAGGCAGGUGUCGGGGGCUGGGUUAACGGAUAUCAGAACGACAAUAACUAUAUUCAACAACAAAAUCUCGCCAACUACGACAACAACGGGAUGCUUGAUCCUCAUCUCUAUGAUCCCUCGUCGUCUUUCGCGCCUUCAUACACACGAGCUCCGAUAUUCGGAUUACUGGCGAACUUCGCAGAGCAUGCUGGUGCGUUUUCGCUUCUUUUCUCCGAUCCUGCCGAUCCUUCGACUGAGAGCUGGGGAUAUCGUGACGUUUCAGCCUUACAGUCCUUCAACAUCGCGAACGACGCCUUCUCUCUUCCCAACAUCGAUCCCAGAACCACUCCCACAAUGCCCGGAGAGGAGUGGAGUGCUCUUAUGGAGGACGACAUCCACCUCCGAUUCCCCCACCUCAGCGACCUCGACCGACAACUACUUCACCAUUCGUAUAUCUCGCAUAUCCAACAGUAUAUUGCCCAUCCUACGCCGUCCGAUGCAGUUUUCGAGGAACUGGGUGGCCCGUUACAGUUCCCGGAGGAGGAAGUGGAUCUGUGGGACGAUCCGAAGGUGAGGAAUUUUUGGAUGAGUCUGGGAUGGACGAGGGAAAUGUGGGAAGAGAAUUGGAGGAGGAUUGGAGAUGCGAAUGGAAUGGCGGCUCUGGAGUGGCUGCUUGCCUUCCGCUCCUUCCUUCCCACUGCUACCGCCGUGCUAUCGCUGUCGCACUUCCUCUCAGCCGCUGGUCUCGCAAUGCAUUGGUUUAUUGCCGAGUCGCUAUUUGAUCUUCUUACAAUGCGUCAGCACGGGCGCGAGGGCUCCUCAAAAAAAUCUCCACCGGCACCGCAUACUCCAAGUGCCAACCGGAAAGGUAUCACUGAAGAACGAGAAGGUUUUCCUCUAUGGGAAACGAGCUUUGCACCUGGAGUGUCCGCUGGUUUCGGAUCAUAUUCUGCCGGUGGACGAGAAUCGAAUCCUGCGCGCGGCUCAACUCAUGAGCGCGGACAGAGUCCUGAGCGUGGAGAAGAAGCAGAGAAUGUCAAGAAAGAUUCUGUGGAGCCAGAGCUACAGAUCGAGCUAGACGCAACUACGUUCAUCCUCGUCCACCCAGAGGGCCAGUCUGAGACUCAAUCGAGGCCACCCCAUGCUCUGACUAUCGAUGAUUUACUCGUUAUAAAAGAUGCUGAACCGGACGCAACCUGUCAAGUCUCCGUGCAAUGCCCGAUCAGAGCUCUCCAAUGGCUGAUGCAAAAUAACGACCAUCCCUUGAUCAUUAUGAUUCGGGAGAAUGGCAUCGGUGGCCCCCUCCCGUUCAUGCUCUUCCCAGAUACAGAGGCUCUUGCCUUGUUCGGUUUAUUUGAUGACUCCAAUGUCAUCGAAGCUGCUUGCGAACUUGCACAACUGUCUAAAAUUUCCGUUGUUGUUCGACCGACAGACGACUAUCCCAAACCGGAAACCGAAUCAUCUCAGAUACAGAAGACCUUCGACAACAUAAGCGUAGCUGUCGAUGAUGAAGAACUUCACAACUCUCGAGGAGAAACUCUGGCUUUUCGGCUUCGUGGCGGAUCUUCCCGUGGGGAUGUUUCCACCAAAGGGAAGUCUUCGUAUCCGAAGGAUGUAUGGCCACGAUCGGAUCGGCAACAUAGCCUCACAUUGGAUCUUAUUCUGGAAGAUAUCGGCAACUUUGGAACACCUACACGAGGAACUACUGCUCGCGAUGUGCACGGUUUUCCACUGCUUACCGACGCAGAUGCUCAGGUGUCCAUAGGGGAGUUGCAAGUGAAAACCUCUGGGACGAAAAUCGACCUCGAUACGCGCUCUUAUGGACACGUCGGCGUCAUUGCAAAGAAUUCCGAACGAUGGUUCACAAAUAAUGAUUUUAUUCAUCAUGGUCAUGACAUUCCAGACGUAAAGGAAAAGCGUGGGGAGCAAAGAGGCGAACAACAGGGACUUACCGCUACCAUGGGAGGCCCUAAACCUAUUGCGUCGAUCUCAGGAACAACGUCACGCUCACAUCUUCAGUCCGCAGAGUAUCAGGAUGAACAGACAAGAGGGCUGACUGGGAGCCUUAUUGGUUAUGAUCAGGUUGUGCCGCAAUGGAUCGUUAAACAAAAGGAUGGUUUUCCAGAUGAAGUCAAAGGCAGAUCUUUCAAGUCGUUCGAGACGACUUAUUAUCCCCACGACCAAUGUAGAGAGCGAAACAAGCUCAAGGUCUCCUUUGGUCAGGCGGUCAAAAUGAAGAAUGACAUCAAUAUCUGGAUCUCCAACGGAGAUGAACCCGUUCCGUAUUUCGGUACGGCGUUGGUCAUCUCCAAUUACGUGGCAAAAAUUACUACGAUGGACGCGCUAUCCAUACACGAGCGAUUGAAAGUGAAAGUAACAGCCGAUUCACUGAAAGGAAUCAGUUCCACACCUUAUUCGCGUGCCAAACCACAGCCAUAUCUUCAGCUCCGGACCGUGAUGCCGCGCUUUCGGUCGCUCUCGCAGGCGUAG